GCUCAGCUGUUAUCGACUGACUUGCUUGCACAGUAGCUGCGGAGUGAAUACCUAGAAUCUGAGAAGUUGCAAAUAUGUUGGGUUGUUUCAAGACGAAAAGGAUCGAAAUUGUUACGCUUUUAUUUAUGCUGGCGGUUUUCCCCGCAGUUUACUCCUGUGAUCCAGCAACACAGUAUGAUAAUAAUGGGGAGUGUUGUAAUAAGUGUGGGCCAGGCACAAGGAUGUCAUCCGACCAUAGUGGUUGUUUUGAUCCACAUUGUAUGCCCUGCCAAGAGAAUGAAUACCAGGAAGCAUUCACAGAGAAGAUCAUCUGCGAAGUGCAACCAUACUGUGACCAAAAUAAAAACUUUGAGGGCAGUACCAAUCGGAGCAAAACAAGCCUCAGCCAAUGCAUAUGUAAGGCAGGACACCACUGUUCCAGUAAAGAGUGCCUGACAUGUGUACCACACACUAAAUGUGGACCAGGACAAGAGACACUUUACACCGGUGACCACAUCCGGGACACGGUGUGUCAGGCCUGUCCUGCAAACACCUUCUCCAGCGACAGCUCAGCAGAGAGCAAGUGCAAGCAAUGGACAGUUUGUGACAAAGGAUCCAAAACUGAAAUCAAUGGGACAUCCACCUCUGACAUUGUCUGUGUGUUAGUACCCACAUUCUCUGGAAGAAUAGCAGCAUGUUCCCUUGUGGUUGUUGCAUUGGUCGCGAGUGUUGUGGGCAUUAUCCUGUGGAAAUAUAAAGGUAAACAUGGAGAGGCCUACAAGAAAGGAAAGGAACCCUGUGUGGAGUGUCUAGGGUGGGAGAGGAGACCUACAGAAGACAGAAACAAUGAAGGGAGAAACUCAGAAGGACCUGAUGAGGAAAGGGAACAACUCAAACCUAUGAUCCAAAAUGAAAAGCCACUAUCACCACCAUCACCAGGUACUCAAACACCAGUGGAGAAUGAUGUUAACGACUCUCAAGCCGAGUCUUCUGCCAAAGCUGAAGAGAUGACAGAAAAUGGGCAUGUGGUGGCGCAGGAGCAGGGUAAACAACACAAUACUUAUUUGUCCGAUCCACAAAUGGUAUCACAUAACCACUCGGCUUUACCCAGUGCCGAACACAAUAUAUAAUCAGAUUGUGCAGUCAGAUUGUGCAUUACCAUGAAAUAUUCAUUAAAUAUUGCUGAAUAUUCUGUACAUUGUAAAUUGUUUUAAAAAGUAUUGGUUGUUACUGUAUUAUGUUAUAGAACAUUUUCAUAAGCAUACUAGAGUAUGCCUGUAUUGUGUUUUCUGUUGUAAUUACUCUCCUUUGCACUAAACUAUUGAAAAUAAAUGCCACUGCCCACUGGGCGCACACUGGGUAAAUCAACGUUGUUUCCACGUCAUUUCAAUGAAGUUACAUUGAACCAACAAAAGACGUGGAAUUGAUGUCUGUGCCCAGUGGGUGUGUUGGUGAAAUGACCAAAUCACCCUCUAGUGGCCUCAUGGGUGGAAUGUUAUUAAUAUUUUUCAUUAAAAAAAAAAUUUUUUUUUAAA